AUGGCCCCACAUCCCUACCACCUUCGUUCACCCUCCCGAUCAUCCAAGAAACUGCACUCAGCACCCUCUUCCUCUAUCCCCACACGCCGACGUCGCUCUGUCAGGAGUUCUUCUUCCAUACCUUCGAACAUGGUCGACACUAUAGACUGGAGCAGGUUUGGCCAGGGCCCCCGUGCCCCUUUCGCCCAGAUAAGCGUCCCUGCGACCAACAAGGAAGUCUCCGACCUCGAUGUCGCCACGCAAAUAAUCCAGCACACAAUGCGCGGGAAGACCACGAUCAGUGGUGAAGAUUACGCACAACAUGCAACAGUGGUCGACGAGGCGUUCGCGGCGGGGCUCUCCAGAAUUCGUCCAGAAGUACGCUCAGCUCAGAUCAUCGACCCCGCUAUCCAAGCUCUCCGCAACGAGCUGAGAGCGGCGGCCUCAGAGGCCGUUGCUGCUGGCUUGGCAGAGAUUAAAGGCGAAAUACAGCAGGUGAAAGCCGAAUUACGGGACGUCAAGGGCGAGUUGCGGCAGAUAAAAGGUGGGCUGGGAGAGGUCAAGGAUGAGCUUCAAGCGGUCAAGAAGUCACAGAUCAACAUUGGCUUAGGCCUUCGCACCCUGGCACAGGAGUCGAACAGGCGUUCGGGCGAUGGAUCAAUAUAUCCUUACUGCACAGUACCCUCCAAGGACGGCAAGUUCCCGGAGGACGUCGGACUCGUCGACAUAAGGAAUCUGCAACAACUCCUGGACUUGGACACUGCCACCCUCAAAAAAUAUCUCGAGUUCCACGGUCACCCUUCUGCUCAAAGGCACCGUGCCUUGGCCAAGGACAUUGGUGUCGAGAAGGCGCUGUUGCCGCUGUGA